AUGAAAUCACAUAGUGCACCAUCACUCCGAAUCGAGACAAUAUUAAUAGGCAAGAAUCGAAAAGCUGCCACUCAAGCUCUCGUAGAUAGCGGAGCAACAGGAAUAUUCAUGCACCCCAGAUUCGUGGAAACGCAUAGAAUAAAAACCCGGAAAACCCCAGCCCCAAUCCCAGUCAACACGGUCCAAAAUACAGAAUUUAAAGGAGGACCAAUCACAAAAUUCACAGAACUAAAACUACAAGUUCUAGGCGAACAGGGGGGAACACACACCGAAUCGGCAAAAUUCUAUAUAGCCGAAAUCGGAAAAGAAGAUGUCAUCCUGGGAACCGGCUGGUUGUUAGAACACAACCCAGAGGUCGACUGGCAUGCCUAUGGUCUACAUUUUACUAGAUGCCCACCCUCCUGUCAAAUCAAAGGAGGACCCAUUAAAGCAAAAAGGGCUACAAGAAAACCAGGACGUCAAAACCCAGAAAUACAACGUAUAGAAACAGUACCAAGAAAAAAUGACUAUUCAAUAACAUUGCAAAAACCAGGACAAGCACAGCCAGGCCGGAAAGUGGGAAAUGCUACAGUACCACAUCCGCGGAUAAAACCUAACAUCCGAGGUUCGCAACCUGAAGGACGAAAUCCGGAAUAUCUCAGAGCCCGAGCCAAACAUUAUGCGGCACCCACAUGGGCUGAAGAGGAUACUCCAGAGGACGGUGUUCGACUAUCGGCACUUCCCUCCACAGAUUUAGAGGAAGACGGAGUUUAUCUCGUCAGAUGCCUCAACACUAGACAACUAGAGGCACUCGAACUAUACAAUGACGGCAAAGAAAACAUUGACAUCCACCGAAUCGAAACUACAGAAACCCUCGUAACCAACACACCGGUACCCAGGAAAGAACCUAUUGGAAAACAAACCAAACACACAAAUUCACAGAAACUAGCGGAAGAGGCUUCAAAAGGGAAACCCGAAUUAUCCUUUGAAGAAAUAGUUCCCAAAGAAUAUUGGGAUUAUAGAAAAGUUUUCGAAGGACGAAAACCAGGGAAACUACCGCCUAAACGCCCUUGGGAUCACAAAAUUGAACUCAAGGAUGGAAUGGAACACUCGCUCAGACCUAAAUUAUACAGUCUUAGCCCAAUGGAACAAACAGAACUCAAGAAAUUCAUUGACGAAAACCUGAAGAAAGGAUUUAUCCGGGAAUCCAAAUCACACAUAGCAUCGCCG